UAGAACCAUGCUGCUUUCGGGUUUCUUGUCAUUUCUUCAGUUGCUUCUUCUCCUCCCUUUUCCAUUGGGCCUAGUGAGCAGGAACUAUCCAAGGUGCUAGGAUGCUGGCAGCUUUGCUGUUCAAUGCAGACGGAUUGCAGAAACAGAGAAGAAAGAUUACUGCUUAUUUCAGAAGAAUAUAAUCAAAUGAGGCACCUCAGCCAGCCUGGGUGAUUGCUUCGAGUCUUACAAUCAUCUGUGUAGCAAAGUGGGUAAAAUCAUUCCAUUUCUUCCCUGCUGGACCUGGAAGGAGAGGGGCCGUGUGUUCAUGCCCACCCGUUAGCUAUAGCCUCUUUCUUCUGAAUGUGGAUUGAAGGAAGCAAGCACCUGUUUUCUGCUACCGUGUCUUUCUAGAAAACUUUAAAGGCCAUUUUACCUGAUAGAUAGAAAGACAUCAAGAAUUCUCUGAUUUCUAGUGAUGAAGAAUCUGGCAGUGGACACUUACCCCAUCCAGAUACAAUGCACUUUAAUUGAAGAAAAACUGAACUGAACUACAAGUCUGUGUCUUAUGGUGCUGGAUUACCCCACAGCGCUGCCCUGAGGUUCAUCACAAGCGAGGACUCUGACAGACUCAAGUCACCUUCUGAUUAUUGCACUUAGCUCUCCCUGGGGAUUUAAAUUUUGGAAGUGUUCCUUACACAUGAUCUCCUCGAAGAUGAUGAGUUCAAAUCCUGAGGAAGACCCUUUGGACACAUUUCUCCAGUACAUCGAGGACAUGGGGAUGAAGGCCUAUGAUGGCUUGGUUAUUCAGAAUGCAUCAGACAUUGCUCGAGAGAAUGACCGCUUGAGAAACGAAACAAAUCUGGCUUACUUGAAAGAAAAGAAUGAAAAACGCCGGAGACAAGAAGAAGCAAUAAAACGCAUAGGCGGAGACGUAGGGCGAGGCCAGGACGCCGGGUACGCGGGCAAACAUUUCCGCAUGGGGUUCAUGACCAUGCCCGCUCCUCAGGACAGACUUCCCCAUCCUUGCCCCAGUGGCUUUUCCGUGAGGUCACAGUCCCUGCACUCGGUCGGGGGCGCAGACGAUGACAGCAGCUGUGGCUCCCGACGACAGCCGCCGCCCAAGCCCAAGAGGGACCCCAGCACCAAGCUGAGCACCUCCUCGGAGACCGUGAACAGCGCCACAGCCAGUAAGAGCGCGAGGACCCCUGAACGCAUGGAAGUGCCCACCAAGCCCAGACCCCACAGCGACGAAUAUUCCAAGAAGAUCCCUCCCCCCAAACCCAAACGGAACCCAAACACUCAGCUUAGCACUUCCUUUGAUGAAACCUACAUCAAAAAGCAUGGGCCCAGAAGGAGGUCGCUCACCAGGGACGCGUCCCUCUCCCAGGUUUGCAGCCCAGCGGGGGACCCUGAAGAGGAGGAGCCCGUGUACAUCGAGAUGGUGGGGAACAUUCUCCGAGACUUCAGGAAGGAGGACGACGACCAGAGCGAGGCCGUCUAUGAGGAGAUGAAAUACCCCAUUUUUGACGACUUAGGCCAAGACUCCAAAUGUGACUUUGACCAUCACAGUUGUUCUUCGCAGUGUGCCACCCCCACGGUGCCUGACUUGGAGCUGGCCAGGUCCUCAGUGCCAUGUACUCCCAAGGGUUUGCUUUGUGACAUCCCCCCGCCCUUCCCCAACCUGCUUUCUCACAGACCCCCGCUGCUGGUGUUCCCGCCGGCUCCUGUGCAAUGCUCUCCCAAUUCCGACGAGUCUCCGCUCACCCCACUGGAGGUCACCAAGCUCCCGGUGUUGGAAAACGUGUCUUACAUGAAGCAGCAGGCGGGGGCGUCGCCAUCCUCGCUGCCAUCUCAUGCCUCCGGCCACCCCAAACUGGAGAAGGACCAGGGCGCCGCCCUCGGGCAGGUGGCUGUGACCUCUGUGCUCUCCUCGUCCCCGCCCCCGCCGUCCACUUUGUACCGAACGCAGUCUCCCCACGGCUUCCCGAAAAGCCACUCGGCCUCCCCGUCGCCGGUGAGCAUGGGGAGGUCCCUGACGCCCCUCAGCCUCAAGAGGCCCCCUCCCUACGACGCCGUGCAUUCAGGCAGCCUGUCCAGGAGCUCGCCAGCAGUGCCUCAUUCCGCCACCCGCCCGGUGUCGCAAGAUGGGAGCAAGAUGGUCAACGCCGCGGUGAACACGUACGGCGCGGCCCCCGGCGGCUCCCGGUCCAGAACGCCCACCAGUCCUUUGGAAGAACUGACCAGCCUCUUUACCUCCGGCCGGAGCCUCCUGCGCAAAUCCUCCAGCGGCCGGCGCUCCAAAGAGCCUGCAGAGAAAUCCACAGAGGAGCUGAAAGCCCGCAGCCAUAGCACGGAGCCAAUACCAAAGCUGGACAGCAAAGAGAGAGAGCAUCACGGGCCGUCUUCCUCCAGAGAGCCUGUUAAAGCUCAGGAAUGGGACGGAACACCUGGGCCACCUGUCGUCACCAGCAGACUGGGAAGAUGCUCUGUGAGCCCCACCUUGUUAGCAGGAAACCACAGCUCAGAACCCAAAGUCAGCUGCAAACUGGGCCGCUCAGCGUCCACGUCUGGGGUGCCCCCGCCGUCUGCCCCUCCACUCAGGCCAGCCAGCGACCUGCCGCCGAGCCAGGUACCGCCUAGCCAGUCGUGAUUGACGUCCUGUGCCGCAGCAUGCGAGACCGUGUCUGUCGUGUGUCGCUGUAGACACGUUUGCAUUGGCUUUUAUUUCUGUGUGUAUGGGGCGGGGGAUGAGUCCAGUCUGUGUCCUCAUCCGAAAAGCAAGUCUUUCUCCGCUGUUAUGGGUGCAACUUUCUUCGCUGUUUGUUACCAAAUCGGUGUUGUGUCCAGUUUCCCAUUCUGUAAUAUCAAUGUAGUAACCCUGUACUCUCUGUAUCGGCUGCUGGUUAUUUCGAACAAUUCUCUCUCUCUUCCAUGUUCUGUGUACUUUUAUACUGUCAUGAAAAUUUAUCAACCUUUGAUAAAUUUAUCAACUUUGUUUUAUGUAGAUUUCUUUUUAAAUGUUUUGUCAACAACACUUGCACCGAUGUUGCCAAUGAAUUUGUACCUAUCUUUCAGCUCUUAUCCUAUUACACUGUAAUAUUUGUGGCCGUUUUACUUUUAUUUUUUAUUUCGCUCGGAGCAUGAUUGUAAGACACUGUGAAUAUUGAUGUCCUUAUAAAUAUUCAUUUGCCAACUCACUUGCAUUGAAUUUGGGCAGCUAGUGUCCUUUCUUAGGUCACGAAGACAACUGACUAACCAUGAUCUAGAAAUUUACCAAACUGUAGGUUCACAAGGUGAUCUUUAAAUAAAUGGUUUCUUUCUGGUAUAUCAAAGAAAGAUAUCAGAAAUGUUCUCAGAAAGGGAUUGUAAGGAUUCAUGCAUGGUAAAUGAGAUCUCUAUUAUUACUUGGAGAAAAGAGACCAAAAAUA